AUGGGCAGUAUUUUAUCAGAUUCAGGCCUUUACUAUCCAGAGACUGAAACGUCCGAAAGUAGCGCAGAGAUGUCAGAACUUUUGCCGAACUCAUGGACCGAUUUCCUUAGCAACGAUAGCAACGAGGCGCCUAUCGACGAAGUGACCCCUAAUACAUUCGAUGAGGUGGAUGACAUCGAUAUUCUGUUACACUAUCCACUGAUACAAUCAAGUACCGGUUAUUCAAUUGAUUAUCGACCCUUUGGCUACUCAUCUCAUUCCUCAUCAGCUCUAUUUCAAAAUAUCAGUACACAUUCACUUGCGAACUCGCCCCAUAAUUCUAUCCAAGAAUUACUCCAUGCCUCUAUCCAGAAUUCACCCCAUACCCAUGCUUCGAUCCAGGACUCACCCUAUACCUCUAUUCAGGGCUCACCCCGUACCUCUAUCCAGGACUCGCCCCGUACCUCUAUUCAGAACUCGCCCUCUGUGGCCGAGAAUUCUACACCCGGUGCAUCACCCCCUCCGCCAGUCCCUGCUCUAUCCAACGACUCCCAUCUCAGCCUCAAGUACCAUUGCAAUAUUCGCGGCUGUCGAAACCGUUCGGGCUUCACGAGCCUGAAAUCACGUCUAGUACAUGCUCGCAAGGUCCACAAAACCCGAUUUUUCUGCAGUUGCCCGGAAUGUCCAUGGGUACACACGUACAGCAGUUUCUCAACUAAGGAGACUUUGGAUGAACAUUGGCGGGUGUAUCAUCCAAACGUGAACCAUUUCAGAUGCUCAGAGUGUUCAUAUACGACCGAUAAUGUGACAAACAUCCAGUUGAAACAUCUUAACGUGCAUUUUAAAGAGGAGGGCGAUAUAUCGGAAGCAAUGGUGAGGAUUCGGCAGGAGAAGGGGGCAAGACGUGGACGACGUAGGGGACAGGUUGAGAGCGAUUAA